AUGGCGAUCGAGAAGAGGCCAUCGGGGGGGAAGCCUCGGAGAUCUUCGGGAGGCAGCGAUCUCUCGAACAAGCGACAGCCGUCUCUACUCGCGUUCUUCAAGAAGGUCGAUGAUGCUUCAGCGCCUCCUUCUCCCCCGCAGCAGCAGCAGCAGCAGCCGCAGCAGCAGCAGCAGCAGCAGCAGGCAAGUGCGGGGACCGUGGCGGCUGCGGAAAGUGCCGCAGCCAAGCCGAAGGCAGCAGCAACAGCAGCAGAACCCGCCACAGCUGCAGCAACAGCAGCAGCGAGCAUUGUUGGUUCUCCUGGCCGGCAGAAGGAGGAUUUGCCGCCCAACAGCCUAGCAGCAGCAGCAGCAGCACAUUCGCAGCAGCAGCAGCAGCAGCAGGAUUCGCCGUCAUGUGAAGGACAUUCCGCCCAGCAGCAGCAGGAGCAGCAGCAACAGCAGCAGCAGGAGCAGCAGCAGCAGCAGGAGGGUUUGGGGGUGAAGCGGCGGCUGUCGGGCCUGGGCUGGGAAGAGCCUGGGGAGCAGCAGCUGCGGCGGCGGCGGCUGAAGAAAGUCUCUUUGGAUUCGGACGAGGAGACAGCAAGCGAAGCAGCAGCAGCAAAAGGAGACUCGGGAGCAGCAGCAGCGAAAGGCGACACGGGAGCAGCAGCAGCAAAGGGAGACGCAGGAGCAGCAGCAGACGCAGAAGGCCCCAUGAUGACGGACGGGUCCCCCGCCCCCCCGUCCCUAGAGUCCCUCGAGUUCAACCCCUCUUCCGCAGCAGCAGAAGCAGCAGCAGCAGGACCCGGAGCAGCAGCAGCAGCAGCAGGAGCAGCAGGGGCGUCCCCGGAGUGCGCAGCAGCAAGCCUGCGUCCCGCGCCGGCUUCGCCCUUGAACGUGGUGCCUCGCGCGUGCGUCCCGCCCCCGCGCAGCAGCAGCAGCAGCAGCGCAGCAGCAGCAGCAGCAGCAGCAGCGGGCGAAGAGGCCGCGCUGCGGGCGCUCUUCUACGGGCUCGCAGACCGCACCAGCAGCAACUACCUCAGGGCCUACAUCGAGGGCUUUUUGUCUUUUUCCCAAAAGCCUUCAGCCUUUCCCCCCUGGCUAUUUCCGCGCAAUCUCCGCGAUGCAUGCGGCCGCAGCGCAGCAAAGGACCCUUUAUACUGGCCGGGGGGGGGGCCGCGGGGGGGCGCCGGGGGCCCCCGGGGGCCCCCCGAGGAGUGGGGGCCCCCCGCGAAGUGGGGCGCGCACUGGACGCCGGGGCUGCAGCAGUACUGGGGGGUGAAGCAGCAGCACUUCGACAAAGUGGUGCUGUUCAAGCUGGGGAGGUUUUAUGAACUCUUUUAUGCUGAUGCAUGCAUCCGCCGCAGCAGCAGCAGCAGCAGCAGCAGCAGCAGCAGGACUGUCCUCCGCAGCCCCACGCAGAUCCUCACUGCGGGCGCCGUCGAGGCCCCCGAGAUGCUGCCCCCCGACGCGCGCCUCAUGCUCGUCCUCGCGGUCUCCACGGACCCCGCGGACCUCCCGCAGCAGCAGCAGCAGCAGCAGCAGCAGCAGCAGCAGCAGGGGGAGGAGGAGAGCUGCAGCUACGGCGCGGCGCUGGUGGACGUGUCCACGAACAAAGUGUUCUUGGAGACAGGCAGAGACAGCAGCAGCUGGAGACAGCUGCGGGGACUGCUGGGAAAGACGCAGCCCGUGGAGAUAGUCUUCGUGGACACCUACGUCCGCCCGCGCUGCAGCAGCAGCAGCAGCAGCAGCAGCAGCGGCAGCAGCGGGUGCGCGUACUGCGUGCGGGAGUGCGAGAGGAGCCCGUGUCUGCUGCGGGCGGUGGGGGGCCUGUGCGCGUACAUGCAGCAGCUGCUGCUGCAGCAGAAGCUGCUGCCAGUGGCCAGCUUCGCCCCUGUCUCCGACUCCAAGUGUCUCCUUUUUCUGGAAGCAAAGGCGCUGCAGCAGCUCGAGCUGCUGUGCAGCCAAGAAGGAGACCCCACACGCUCGCUGCUGGGGUGUAUAGACACCACCCCAGCCACUCCCGGGGGCCGCCGGCUGCUGCGGCGGUGGCUGGUGGCGCCGCUGCGGUGUACAGACACCCUGGACCGCCGCCUCGACGCUGUGGGGUGGCUGCAGCAGCAGCAGCAGCAGCAGCUGCUGCAGCAGCUGCGCGCGCUGGCCGCGCGGCUCCCCGACGUCGAGAGACAGGCUGCGCGCUGCCUCGCGCAGCAGCAGCAGCAAAAGAGACAGGCCAUUUACUUCGAAGAUGUCCACCAAAAGGCCCUCAAGGCCUUCCUCAGUCUCCUCGACUCUUUCCAACAAAUGCAGCAAAUGGCGCGUCUCCUCGUGCAGCAGCUCCACAAACAAAGCCCCAAAGCAGCAGCAGCAGCAGCAGCAGCAGCAGCAGCAGCAGCGGCGGCCGCGGGGGGCGCGGGGCGCGCGGAGGGGGGGCGCGACGCCCCCGCAGCAGCAGCACCAGCAGCGGCAGAGGCGCCCGCAGCAGCAGCGGUCCCCGCAGCUGUGGCAGGG